AUGGCCGCCGCCAACGGGGCCAACGGGGCCGCGGGGACCGGGCCGCCCGACAGGAAGCCGCCGGCCCUGCCGCGCCCGGUGCGCGGCCUGGAGGUCAAGUUCACCCAGAUAUUCAUCAACAACGAGUGGCACGCGUCCACCAGCGGGAAAAAGUUUGCCACCUGCAACCCCUCGACGCUGGAGCAGAUCUGCGAGGUGGAGGAAGGAGAUAAGCCUGACGUGGACAAGGCCGUGGAGGCCGCACACGCCGCCUUCCAGCGGGGCUCGCCGUGGCGCCGGCUGGACGCCCUGAACCGAGGCCGCCUGCUGCACCAGCUGGCCGACCUGGUGGAGCGGGACCGCGCCGUCCUGGCCACCCUGGAGACGAUGGACACGGGGAAGCCGUUCCUGCACGCCUUCUUCAUCGACCUGGAGGGCUGCAUCAAGACCCUGCGCUACUUCGCCGGAUGGGCCGACAAGAUCCAGGGCCGGACCAUCCCCACGGAUGACAACGUUGUGUGCUUCACGCAGCACGAACCCAUCGGUGUGUGUGGGGCCAUCAUUCCUUGGAACUUCCCCCUGAUGAUGCUGGUGUGGAAGCUGGCGCCGGCGCUCUGCUGCGGCAACACCAUCGUCGUCAAGCCGGCCGAGCAGUCGCCCCUCACCGCCCUCCACCUCGGCUCUCUGAUCCAAGAGGUCGGCUUCCCCCCGGGCGUGGUGAACAUCGUGCCGGGAUUCGGGCCCACCGUGGGGGCCGCCAUGUCCGCCCACCCGCGGAUCAGCAAGAUCGCCUUCACCGGCUCCAUCGAGGUGGGCAAGCUGGUGAAGGAGGCCGCGUCCCGGAGCAACCUGAAGAGGGUGACGCUGGAGCUGGGCGGGAAGAACCCCUGCAUCGUGUGCGCUGACGCCGACCUGGACCUGGCCGUGGAGUGUGCCCAUCAGGGCAUCUUCUUCAACCAAGGCCAGUGCUGCACGGCCGCCUCCCGGGUGUUCGUGGAGGAGCAGGUGUACCCCGAGUUCGUGCGCCGGAGCGUGGAGCGCGCCCGGACGCGGCCCGUCGGGGACCCCUUUGACGCCAGGACGGAGCACGGGCCCCAGAUCGACCAAAGCCAGUUCGACAAAAUCCUCGCACUCAUCGAGAGCGGCAAGAAGGAGGGGGCCAAGCUGGAGUGUGGGGGCGCGGCCAUGGAGGACAGGGGCCUCUUCAUCAAGCCCACCGUCUUCUCGGAGGUCACGGACACCAUGCGGAUCGCCCGAGAGGAGAUCUUUGGGCCGGUGCAGCCGAUCCUGAAGUUCAAGACGAUGGAGGAGGUGAUCCGGAGAGCCAACAGCCUGGAGUACGGGCUCACCGCAGCUGUGUUCACGAAAAACUUGGACAAAGCCCUGAAGCUGGCGUCCGCCUUGGAGUCUGGCACUGUCUGGAUCAACUGCUACAACGCCAUCUACGCCCAGGCUCCAUUCGGCGGCUUCAAAAUGUCAGGGAACGGCCGAGAGCUAGCGAGGCGGCCAUUGGCUCAGCCAUGA